UUUCAGACAACAGAUAUAAGUUGCGAUGGGAGAGGAACGCCGGACUCGGUGUCUGUCCCCCAUUUCCAAUUAUAGAUGGAUCAUUACAGAGCGGGAAGGAGAGAGAAUCCAGGCAUCUGCUCUUCACAUGAAUGCAUUCACCUCCUAGAGAACAAACCGCCAUCAUGCUCUGGAAACUGGUGGAAAAUGUCAAGUACGAAGACAUCUACGAGGACCGGCACGAUGGAGUCCCCGGCCACAGCUCCCGACUGUCCCAGCUGGGCUCGGUCUCCCAGGGACCUUACUCCAGCGCCCCUCCGCUGUCUCACACCCCGUCCUCGGAUUUCCAGCCGCCCUACUUCCCGCCGCCCUACCAGCCACUUCCUUACCACCAGAGCCAGGACCCCUACUCCCAUGUCAACGACCCCUACUCCUUGAACCCGCUGCACCAGCCCCAGCAGCACCCGUGGGGGCAGCGGCAGAGGCAGGAGGUGGGCUCCGAAGCCGGCUCCCUGCUGCCCCAGCCUCGGGCCUCUCUGCCUCAGCUCUCCGGACUGGACCCCCGCCGGGACUACCACUCGGUCAGGCGGCCGGACGUCCUGCUGCACUCGGCCCACCACGGCCUGGACUCUGGCAUGGGGGAUACCCUCUCUCUGCACGGCCUCGGACACCCGGGCAUGGAAGACGUGCAGUCAGUGGAAGAUGCAAAUAACGCCGGCAUGAACCUGUUGGACCAAUCUGUCAUCAAAAAAGUUCCAGUUCCUCCAAAAUCUGUGACUUCCCUGAUGAUGAACAAAGAUGGCUUCCUGGGAGGCAUGUCGGUAAAUACGGGAGAAGUGUUUUGCUCGGUACCAGGACGGCUGUCCUUGCUCAGUUCGACUUCCAAGUACAAAGUGACUGUGGGAGAAGUUCAAAGGCGCCUCUCUCCUCCGGAAUGUUUGAAUGCCUCGCUCCUCGGAGGUGUACUUAGAAGAGCCAAAUCGAAAAACGGGGGCAGAUCGUUGCGAGAGAGGCUAGAAAAAAUCGGUUUGAAUUUACCAGCCGGCAGGCGCAAAGCAGCAAAUGUCACUUUACUCACCUCCUUGGUGGAAGGAGAAGCUGUACAUUUAGCUCGGGAUUUUGGAUACAUCUGUGAAACGGAGUUUCCGGCCAAAGCCGUUUCGGAGUAUCUCAACAGACAACACACGGACCCCACCGAUCUCCACUCCAGGAAGAACAUGCUGCUUGCCACAAAGCAACUUUGUAAAGAAUUCACAGAUCUCUUGGCCCAGGACAGGACACCCAUUGGAAAUAGCCGGCCGAGCCCCAUUUUGGAACCAGGGAUCCAGAGCUGCUUGACUCACUUCAGUCUCAUCACCCACGGCUUUGGGUCGCCAGCCAUUUGUGCUGCCCUGACUGCUCUCCAGAACUACCUGACAGAAGCUCUGAAAGGCAUGGACAAGAUGUUCUUGAACAACAACUCUGCUAACAGGCAUACUUCCGGGGAAGGACCAGGUAGUAAAACCGGAGAGAAGGAAGAGAAACACAGAAAAUGAAAACAAAAAGGAAGCUAAUGAAAUUAGGGAAGAAAAAUAAAAAGGAAAAGCAGAAAGAAAGAGAGAGAAUCUUUUAAAAACAUUUUGAUUUUAGCUUUAAAAUAUUGGAUUGGGCUUUGGAGGAAUGAUGCUAGCUAGGUCAGACCCACAAAGAAUUUUUUUUUUAAAAAAAGGACAUAAGGUCAGAAGUGCACAAUGGCGCAGGAAUGGCUUUGACGGAGGAACUUUUGAAGACAACUUCCAGGAGUUUCCA